AUGGUUGCCUGGGCAGAAUUUGAAGUGCAAAAACUGAUUACCUGGAUGGAACAUAACCUGGACUUCAUCAAUUACAGUCCAAUAAUGACAUGGGUCCAACGCGCCAAAGAAGAGGCCUUUCCUGACUCCCGGCAUAUCGACAUCAACAGAAUCAGAGUAAAGUACUAUAACUUGAAGGCUGCCUGGAAAUCAGCCAAGAGCCACCUGGUGGAAUUCAAGGUGAUGAGCGGGGAAGGAAAUGAGGAGUGUAAUGAUGCUGUGCGACAUGCGAUGGAUAAAAAGUGCCUGUUUUACUGGAGGCUUGAUAGGAUUUUCAUGUCUAAUCCACAGCUGUCUUGUCCUUCGGAUUUCGCAGAUAAUAUGUUAUCCGUACGGAUGACUCGAUCGCAGCCCCAAGUUCAAACUGAGCAGGCAUUACCACCACCGACUACAAAGUCUCAGGAUCAGACCAUGCCCGAUACCUAUCCCAAUCCCUUACAAUCACAACAAAACUCUCCCGCACAGCCGCAAGCCAAAGCCAUUUCUAACCCCAUUCAAAUCCCACCAACGCCACCCGCACAGCCCCAAGCCACUGCCACGUCCAUUCCCAGUCCCAACCUCAACUCCAACCUUAGCUCUAGCGGACCCAGACCCCUAGCGCCCAACCCGUCUGGACAUGUACUGUCUACUUUCAAAGGGCCCAGUCCCGCCCAUCAGCCAGCGCGAGAACAGCCAGCACAAGUAGAACCCUCGCACAACAACACAAACACAAACGUGCAGCCGCCGCCGCCGCCGCCGCUGGUCCAAGAGAAGGAACAGCUCGAGCACGACGAAGACGCUGCAUUCAACCAAUACCUAACGGCCGUCCCCCGUGCAGAAAGAAUGAAAAUUGAGACCUACAUUACACAACUCCGCGCACGACAUCAGAGACGCAUAAUCCAGAUUAAAGGAAGGCAACUAAGAAGACGAGCAGACGCGGAGUCCCCGGAUGCGACGGUGACGAUGCGAACCGAGUAUGAACAACGAAUCCGCGAUUUGGAGUUGCAGAAUACGAGGUUACAAGAAGACUACGAAGAAAAACUUCUGUAUUUCGAGGCUCGAAAUGCAAAUGUACAAGAAGAGCUUGAAAAAGGAAUCCGGGAUGUGAGAUCGUGGAAAGCGGAGACGCAAGAAAAGUAUGAAAAUAUGAUUUGCGUCCUGAAGUCUCAAAAUGCAAAGAGGCAAGAAGAGUAUGAACAGCAAAUUCGGGAUCUGGAGUCCCAAAAUGCAAACAUACAAGAAGAGCAUGGACAACAAACACGGGAUGUGGAAAUUAGAAAUGCAAAAAUGCAAGGAGAAUAUGAAGAACGAAUCCAGGAUCUGGAGACCCAACAUGCAAAGAUGCAGGAAGAGUAUGAAGAACGAAUCCGGGAACUGGAAUCUCGAAAUGGAAAUGCAAAGAUGCAAGGAGAGUACGAAGAACGGAUCUGGGAUCUGGAAUCGCGGAAUACGAGGAUGCAAGAGGAGCAUAAAAAGCAGAUGGCAAAUAUACAGUCGGAGCAGUUUGAGAGGUUUAUGGAUAUGCAUAGGCAUUUUGGGGAGCAGCAGGCUAAGGCCCAUGAUAAACAUAUGAAAUUGCAGAGUCGGAUGUUCAGCAAGGCAUUUGAUUCGGUGGUGCGGAUGGCUGCUGGGGAUGUUAGUGGGGAUCAGGGAGGCGGGUCUUAA